CGAGAGACCACGGGGUGCUUCGUCUACCCUCGAACGGCCUAUAAAUAGUGCCGCGUGCUGCACAUACUUCACACAACCAACGCAAGUAAACAGCUUAACAGCAGCGCUUGUAGAUAUUCCCGAGUGAGAGGCUCAGCGCAAGAUGGAGCACCAGGCACACGUCGCCGGCGAGAAGAAGGGCAUCAUGGAGAAGAUCAAGGAGAAGCUCCCCGGCGGCCACGGUGACCACAAGCAGGCCGCUGACACCCACGGCCAGCAGGGGCACGCCGGCACGGGGACGCAUGGUGCCCCGGCCACUGGUGGCGCCUAUGAGCAGCAGGGUCGCACCGGAGUCACCGGCACGGGGUUGAAUGGCGCUGAUGCCGGCGAGAAGAAGGGCCUCAUGGAGAAGAUCAAGGACAAGCUCCCUGGUGGCCACGGUGACCAGCAGACCACAGCUGGCACCUAUGGGCAGCAGGGACACACCGGCACCGCGGCGCAUGGCACCCCGGCCGGCGGCGGCACCUAUGACCAGGAGGGACACACCGGGAUGUCUGGCAUGGGGGCGCACGACACCCACGCCACGGGCGGCGCCUAUGGGCAGCAUGCACACACCGGAGGGACCGGCACGGGGACGCACGGAACCGGCGAGAAGAAGGGCGUCAUGGAGAACAUCAAGGACAAGCUUCCUGGUGGCCACGGUGACCAUCAGAAGACGAGUGACACGUACGGGCACCAGGAAGACACCGAAAUGACUGGCAUGGGGAGGCAUAGCACCCCUGCCACCGGCGGUUCCUAUGGGCAGCAUGUACACACCGGACAGACCGACAUGGGAACACACGGCACCGGCGAGAAGAAGGGUGUAAUGGAGAACAUCAAGGAUAAGCUCCCCGGUGGUCAUGAUGACCACCAGAAGACUGCUGGCACCUACGGGCAGCAGGGACACGUCGGCACGGGGACACAUGGCACCCCCGCCACUGGCGGCGCCUACGGACAACAUGAACACACCGGAGCGACCGGCACUGGAACGUACGGCACUGGCGAGAAGAAGGGCAUCAUGGAGAACAUCAAGGAGAAGCUCCCUGGUGGCCACGGUGACCAUCAGAAGACCGGCGACACCUACGGGCACCAGGAAGACACCAAAAUGACUGGCAUGGGGAGGCAUAGCGCCCCGGCCACCGGCGGCUCCUAUGGGCAGCAUGCACACACCGGAGAGACCGGCACGGGGACACACGGCACCGGCGAGAAGAAGGGUGUAAUGGAGAACAUCAAGGAAAAGCUCUCUGGUGGCCAUGAUGACCACCAGAAGACUGCUGGCACCUACGGACAGCAGGGACAGGUCGGCACGGGGACACAUGGCACCCCCGCCACUGGCGGCGCCUACGGGCAGCAUGAACACACCGGAGCGACCGGCACUGAAACGUACAGCACCGGCGAGAAGAAGGGCGUCAUGGAAAACAUCAAGGAGAAGCUCCCCGGUGGCCACGGAGACCACCAGCAGACAGGUGGCAUCUACGGGCAGCAAGCACACGUCGGCACGGGGACGCAUGACACGCCGGCCACCGGCGGCACCUACGGGCAGCACGGACACACCGGAGUGACCGGCACUGGGACGCACGGCACCGGCGAGAAGAAGGGUGUCAUGGAGAACAUCAAGGAGAAGCUCCCCGGUGGCCACAGUGACCACCAGCAUACCACUGAGACCUACGGGCAGCAUCGGCACACUGGAGUGGCCGGCACGGAGACGCAUGGCACCACGGCCACUGGCGGCACCUACGGGCAGCAGGCACAGACCGGCACGACUGGCGCUGGCACACACGGCACCGACGGCACGGGCGAGAAGAAGAGCCUCAUGGACAAGAUCAAGGACAAGCUGCCUGGACAGCACUAAGCUUGGUCCGCCCGCCCCGGCUACCUCUCAAGAAUAAUAAGAUGGCGAAGUUCCACCGUAUGCACAUUCACCUAGCUCACUUUCGUUGGUGGAGCGAAUGUAUCUUGGCUUAAGUUUUCACGGACAACAGUGUGGCAACAGUUUUCGUUCGUUUACAGUUUGCAUACUGUGAUGUGCAGAUUUCCUUUACUUCAAUCCGUGUAUGUAUGUUAUGGCAUCUAAUAUAUAUAAGUGGGGUAUUACCUUA